AUGGAUCCCAUGCCAGAACAGCCGCGGCAGAGCCAAGAACAGGGUGUCGAGAUUCUCCGAGAAUACCACCCUUACCCUAGCCGGCCGCUUUCGCCAAUCAUCGAAGAGUCCUCGGCCGAGCUUCCCCAUAACAGAAAGCGAGUCCGUGAGGGUGAAGUAGCCCUUUACGAGACCUCUGAGGAUGAUCGUGAAUGGAAGCGACAGCAGAUGUUGGAUUCUCAUGACACUGCUGAGACUGCUGCUACCGAGGCCAAUACUGCUAGCGAAGAGACCAACCAUGUUGACGGAAGCCAUGAUGAGGCUGAACCUCUAGAAGCCGAAUAUGAAGAAGCUAGCCAUGAAGAAGCUGGCCAUGAGGAAGCAGACAACGAAGGAACAGACGUUCUAGAAAGCGUGGAAGAGGCUGCCACCCAAAUAGCCACCCCUCUGUGGAACUACUAUGCCGUAGUCGACUCGGACGACGAAGACGUGGAAGACGAGGAUAUCCUCCAUAGCGGAUCGGCCUACCAAUCCACCUCUGCAUCGCCAUCCCCACCAAGUGAAUUCGAUCGGACUCCUUCUAUGACUCCCGCCCCUGAGGCCAAUGCUAGCUUGUUUGUGUUACCCAAAGACAGGUGGCCCGCGGAACCCAAAAGUGCUCAGUACCGAGAUGCCUUGUGGAGCAUUGUGUAUAACAAGAACAAAACAUUCAUGUGGGAAUUUCAUGAGGGCCUUGCUGAAGGAAGCUUGGGCCUCUGCAAAGAGCUGCUUGGGAGGGAACAGCUGCCUCCCAGAGUCUCUGUCUUUGACGAUGAUGUUAUUCAUGAGAUCAGUGUAAGAUGUCAGCGUAGAAACGAGACGAGGGUAUUUCGCGACAUCACUCCGUUGAUUGCACCGUCAGCCGAGCUCGUCGCCUUGCGAGGCAAUAAGGAAUUGGACAUUUUGUGCGAAUCUGCAAACGAAAUAUGGACUUAUUCUCAGCAAUUGCUUCAAUAUCAACCACAGCCCUCGUAUUCCGUUGGCUUCAAAGCUCUAGCAUUUACCGAGCUGCAGUUUACCAAGGUCACAGAAUUCUUUGAAGACAGAUGCACUUCCGAGACGUCACCUAUUAUGGGUACAUCUCACAUGUUCUUUCCAUGCUUCUCAUGUGAGAUUGGGAGCUUCGAGAUCACCCGACGACAAAACACGCACAACAUGACAAUUGGCAUGCGUGCUGUUGUUGACCUCUUCCGCGGCGUCAAACGCGAGUCCGAUGUGCACCGCCAGAUUCUGGCUUUCUCCAUCUCACACGACUCCUGCGAGGCGGAAAUUGUUGCCCAUUACCCGGUCAUACUGGGAGAGACUACGGAAUUCUACCAACAGAUCAUCGCCUCCUUUGUAUUUACCGAUUCUAGAUUCGACAAGUGGAUGGCGUACCGCUUCACCAAAAACAUGUAUGAAGUCUGGAUGCCGGCGCAAUUCCAGUGGAUCUGCUCCGCCAUCGACCAGCUACCUGAAGGGUGGUCAUGUGGAAAAGACAUUGGCCAGCGCGAAUUUGUUUGA